AUGGGCACGCCAACAGAUGAGGAAAAGAGAAUGUUGAAUGCGAUUGGUCAGUUUCUGCUGGGGGAAGAAUACAUGACGACUGCCCCUGCGGAGGAACAACAAUCUUCUGAAGAAAGCGGGACAGACUUUGCUUCGGAGGGAACUGGAAAUAAAAAGAAAGGAGGAGAGAAACAUUACAGGGGAGUGAGGUUCCUUAAGGCUCGCGGUAAAUAUGUUGCAGAAAUUCGAAACCCAGAGAAGAAAGGUUCCAGACUUUGGCUUGGUAGCUAUGACAAAGCCGAAGCAGCCGCCGUGGCAUAUGACCGUAAGGCUUUCGAAAUCCGCAGUUCAAGGGCUACCCUGAAUUUCCCUUUAAACGUUGAGUCUGGACAGUAUGUGGAUCCAUUUUCUCAAUCCUCUUCUUCGCACAUUCUAUCUAACAUACCGAAGAAGAGGAAGACACAAGGGAAAGAUGAAGGUCAAUCAUCCAAAGAAUUAGGUUCAGAUUAA